AUGAGAUCUACUUCAUCGUUUGAAGAUGCCGAGAUCCAAACCCUAACUCUAAUUCCAGGGCUCCCAAAUGAUUUAGGUGCUCUGAUUUUAGCAUUCAUUCCGUAUUCUCAUCACUCCCGCAUCAAAUCCACCUGCAAAUCAUGGAAACGGAUCCUUCGAUUUCCUCUCCGUAUUUGUUUGACCACAAAAAUCUCUGCUGGUGCCCCCUUCCGCCCAUGCCCUGUAACCCCCAUGUCGUUCCCCCUUGACCGUCCUUCACCGUCAUCAUCUGCAUUUCGCUUUGAUUUCAUGACGUUUUCAUGGGAUUCGUUGUCCCCCAUGAUCACGCCCCGUGGCAGUUUUGCAUGUGCAGCUUUGCCGGAUUGCAAAAAGAUUGUCGUGGCAGGGGGUGGGUCACGGCACACGAUGUUUGGGGCAGCAGGGAGCAGGAUGAGCUCAGUGGAGAUGUAUGACAUUGGAAAGGAUGAGUGGGUGGCAUUGGAUGGGCUGCCAAGAUUUAGGGCAGGAUGUGUUGGUUUCUUUCUUGGAAGGAGGGAGUUUUGGGUUAUGGGAGGAUAUGGGGAGUCAAGGACAGUCUCUGGGGUGUUUCCGGUGGAUGAAUAUUACAGGGAUGCAGUGGUGAUGGAGCUGAAGAAUGGUGGCAAAUGGAGGGAACUCGGAGAUAUGUGGGAGGAAGGGGAGAGGCGAAGACUGGGUAAAAUUGUUGUGGUUGAGGAUGAGGGGCAAGAUGUUCCCGAGAUUUUCAUGCUUGACAAGAGCGAAAUAUUCAGGUAUGAUAUGGCUUCUAAUCACUGGAUAAAGGAGACAAGUGUGCCUAAAAAAGCUUCAGAUGAUUCAUCAGUUGGGUUUGUCGCUUUAGAUGGGGAGCUGCACUUGCUUACUCUACUGAAUGGAAAUGAUUCACCAGACAGCCGACGAUCACGACAGCAUAAGAGAAUUCUUGAUGAAGAAGAACAACAAUGGAUGAGAAUGGGACAUCUAGUUUUACGAUCCUUGCAUACGCGCCUUGUUGGCCCUCCUUCUCCUAAUGGCUGCACAUGGGUCGGUGGUAGCAAUGGCAAGCCAUGUCAGAGCUCUGUCAGCGAGAAGAAUUUCGCAGGGCAUAUUGUGGCGACGCCUCCACCACCACUUGCAACUGAUCAUAAUGCCUAUCUAGAGCAAAUGGUUCAGUUUGGAAUGGUCAUCGAUCGUAUAUAA